AUGGCUGGACAGGACAACAAGGCCCUUGGCAAGGCCCACGUGCCGUGGGGAAGCGAUGGCUCCGGGAGGUACUCCACAGCUACCCUGGGCUGCUUCCGCGUCAUUGAGAACUCGGCUCCGCUGGUCCUGAACGGCCUGGACGUCAACGCCGCGGGGUCCGCGGGCGCGUUCACGGUCGCGGACUACGGCACCGCGGACGGCGGCACGUCGAUGCCGCUGAUGCACAAGAUCAUCCAGGAGGUGCGGCGCCAGGACCCCACGCGCGAGAUCCACAUCCAGUACGAGGACCAGCCCGUCAACGACUUCAAGUCGCUCUUCGCGUUCACCGAGGGCAUCAUGCCGCCGCGCGAGGGCGUGGACACUUUCAAAAAGCACCACGACAAGGUCUUCGUGACGGCGUCCGGCACGGGUUUCUUCGAGCAGUGCUUCCCCUCGAACUCCGUGCACCUCGGCGUCAGCUUCACGGCCAUGCACUGGCUCUCGGAGAAGCCGUGCGACCUGAGCACGGUCCACAUGACUCAGGCCAGCCCCGACGAGCUCGGGCCGUGGCGCGCGCAGGCCGCCAAGGACUACGAGCGCAUCCUCCUCGCGCGGGCGGCGGAGCUCGCGCCCGGGGGCCGUCUCGUGGUGGUCAACUUUUGCAUCGACGACAACGGCUACUACCUGGGCCACACCGACAAGGGGCCCAACAUGUUCGCGACGAUGAACCGCCUGUGGAAGAAGAUGGCCGACGACGGGCGGAUCACGCAGGAGGAGUUCAAGAACACCACGAUGUGCAACUACUACCGGACGAAGGAGGAGCUCGUCGCGCCGUUCAAGGAGGGCACGGCGGUGCACGCGGCGGGCCUGCGGCUGGUGUCGUGCGAGACGCGCGUCGUGCGCUGCCCGUUCCGCGACGCGUUCCUCGACGGGUCCGGCGCGGGCGGCAAGGACCCCGCGAAGCACGCGGCGUGGUACGUGCCGACGCUGCGUACGUGGUCGAAUUCGACGUUCACGACGGGGCUGGACGCGACGAAGCGCAGCGCCGAGGAGCGCGCGGCGCUCGCGGACGAGAUGUUCGCGAUGUACGAGAAGGAGGCCGCGGCGGACCCGGAGGGCCACGGCAUGGACUACGUGCACGGAUACCUGGUGCUCGAGAAGGCCAAGUGA